AUGGAAACAAAAAAUUGCUUAAUAUGUAAUAAGGAUGGGAAAUACAAAUGUUCACAGUGUCUAAAAUACAACUGCUCCUUGGAUUGUUAUAAAGCACACAAAGAUUCUGAACAUUGCAUUCCGCCAAUAGAACCAGAGAAAGAAUCAAUCACGGAAGAAAGAAUUCCUUCAAAUAUUAACUUUUUUACAACUAUUGAUACAGUUCCACCGGAGAAACUUCAACUAUUAGAAAAUUCGAAAGCAAUCAAAGAAUUAUUGAAAAAUCCUCAUUUAAGAAAUUUCCUUCAAGAGGUAAAUUCAGCAAACAAUGCAUGGAAUGCAAUGAAAUUAGCAAUGAUGGAGCCAUUAUUUGUAGAAUUCGCUGACGAAUGUUUAAAAAUUAUCGAACCAGAAGUGCUUUGCUCUUUGGAUUGUUAUAAAGCACACAAAGAUUCUGAACAAUGCAUUCCGCCAAAAGAACCAGAACAAGAACCAAUCACAGAAGACAGAUUUCUUUCAAAUAUUAACUUUUUUACAACUAUUGAUACAGUUCCACCUGAGAAACUUCAACUAUUAGAAAACUCGAAAGCAAUCAAAGAAUUAUUGAAAAAUCCUCAUUUAAGAAAUUUCCUUCAAGAGGUAAAUUCAGCAAACAAUGCAUGGAAUGCAAUGAAAUUAGCAAUGAUGGAGCCAUUAUUUGUAGAAUUCGCUGACGAAUGUUUAAAAAUUAUCGAACCAGAAGUGCUGUAA